UCGCUGGUUGAUCUGCUUUCCCCGAAAUCGUGUGCGCGUUGUGAAAUUCCGGCGUUUUUGGUGGCCGGCUGCAGCCGCGGAUAGUUUGUGCGAGUUGGUGAUUUAGCAGCAAGCGACAGUUUUCGUUUGGAAUAGCACCGCCAUCAUCAUGGGCCAGCACGUCUCCCGAACGGAUUUCGAGUGGACGUACACCGAGGAACCACACGCCAGCCGGCGGAAGAUGAUUCUGGAAAAGUAUCCCCAAAUCAAGAAGCUGUUCGGAUACGACCCGCAAUUCAAGUGGGUGGCGAGCGCGAUGGUGCUGACUCAGUUCGCGAUGCUGUUCGUCAUGAAAGAUCGAUCGUGGAAUUUCAUCUUUCUCAUGGCCUACUGUUUCGGUGGCGUGAUUAACCACUCGCUGAUGCUGGCGUGUCACGAGAUUGCCCACAACCUGGCGUUCGGGCAUGCGAGACCGAUGGCUAACCGUUUGUUUGGCUUCUUCUGCAAUCUGCCGAUCGGGUUGCCGAUGUCCGUUUCUUUCAAAAAAUACCACCUGGAGCAUCACCGCUAUCAGGGCGAUGAGGUGAUCGAUACCGACCUGCCCACCUACGUUGAGGCGAAGCUUUUCUGCACCACGCUCGGCAAGUUUUUCUGGGUCUGCCUGCAGCCACUGUUCUACAUCUUCCGGCCGCUUAUCGUCAACCCGAAGCCGCCACAAAAGCUGGAGCUGGUCAACGGAGUCAUACAGCUUGUCUUUAACACGAUCGUCGUGUACUAUUUCGGUUGGAAGGUGAUGGUGUACCUCAUCGUUGGCUCACUGCUCGCCAUGGGAUUGCACCCGGUGGCCGGUCACUUCAUUUCGGAGCACUACAUGUUUGCGAAGGGAUUCGAGACGUACUCGUACUACGGACCGCUCAACUGGAUCACCUUCAACGUUGGUUACCACAACGAGCAUCACGAUUUCCCGGCCGUACCGGGCCGGUUGCUACCGGAGGUGAAACGUAUCGCGCCCGAGUUCUACGACAACAUUCCGCAGCACACCUCCUGGACGCGCGUGUUGUACGAUUUCAUUACCGAUCCAGCGGUCGGCCCAUAUGCGAGGAUUAAGCGAAAAGCCCGUGGAUUGGAUUCUUAAGUCAUAGGAUAUUACAAUAACCAGAAAUUGACGAAUUUCAGCGCCAGACACACCCGUCUGAGCAAGCACACACGGACUAACAUUCUCGUUAAGGAUCUGUUUAUGCCAUGGGCAGCAAAACAAUAAUUAGAAGAAAUCAAUACCGGCCUCGAAAUCGGUGGUCGGGACUGGGAAGGGGAAAACAUACGAAAGUAUUGAACAAAACAGCACGCGCUGGCACAGGGAUGUGCCUUCUCUGGGGCACCGCUUGUAAAGAAGGAGUUGAAUCGGAGUUUCUUUUUCUUUAGGUUUCAUUUUAUCUAAUCAAAAUUAUCACUCUGAGCAGCAGCAGCAGCAGCAACCAUCGCCUUUUUGUCCCUUCGGAUGAAACUGCACCAUCGCCAUCCAGGCACUGGUUAAUCCAGGCUGGCAACACAGCCGGAAAGAGUAGGCUGUUAUUUGUACCAAACAUUACCUCACGCUGCAAACGCAAUCGAUCGUGUUUGCCAUCAAGUCCUCGAUACUCUUGUCGUUUCGAAAGGGACGGCACGCCCUUGUUUGGCCAGCUCUAGCGCACCAUGCAAAACGCGAACUUAGCCGCCGUGCACCGUGAAAGCACCGUGCGCCACCGCAUCGACUAGGAUAGGAUAACCAAAUUUUCAUCGACGAUUGUUAAUUAUAUCGCAGCAAGGCACCGUUACGAUGUGAGUGGCUUCCUUUUGCUAUUUCGCUUUACAUGUGUAUGUAAGUAUGUCUGUGUGUGUGUGUGUAUGUGUGUAUUUGUUUAGGAAAUUAACAGGAAUUUCUAAGGGAAUUUUUUGAUACAUGUAGAACGUUAUAUGAAUGUUGGCGUACGUGUUAACGAUAGCGGAAGAAUUAUUGUGCGCUGGAAAAUGGAAUAAAAAUCCCCUCGCAUCACAGCAAA